AUGAAUAUCUCCAUGUCAACGUCUUAUUGAAACCACCAAAAUGUCUAGCAGUGAAAGUGACAGUGACACGGAUAGUGUUGAAGAAGUUCAAGUAAAAAAGUAUCUAGGGUCAUUUAAGGAGCAACUUAAACAAGCAAAGGCACAAACUUGUAUAAAAAUUGGUAUCAAAAGACAACCUGGUCACUACCAUCUGAGAGACACAAGGCAUGCCGUUCUAGCCACCCAACGUCCAGCAUACGGCGGAACACACUGGGAUGUUGACAUCCCUUCACACCUUCAGAGGUCUACACCACGGCUUACACGUUAUGCAAUUAGGAAGGCUAUUCUAAGAGAACAAGAAAGACAGUUAGAAGUCGGUUAUGAGGAUAAAGGGUUAGAAGCAUUAUCCAAACUUGAAAAUUUAAAUAGGGAGUUCGACAAUGUCAUGGUGUAUAAUUACGGCAGAAUGGGGCUCGAAGAAGAUAAAAAGAAGUCCGUAGUUUAUGAAAAUAAAGAUUUGCUUCACUGGGAGUUGAUGAGGAAGAAAUUUGGAAAACAACAAAAUGAAGAGAUGGAAGAGGAGCGUCAACACAGAAUAAAAGUACUUCGUGGAAUUUAUGACAACAAACACAGGACACCAAGUAUUGAAAAUUUAGUUGAUGGAAUGACAGACACUAAUUUCAAAAGAUCUCUUGUAAACAAAAAUAUUGAGGAAGCACAACUUAAUCUUGAGAAUAAGCAAGAUGACGUGGUCAAAGAAUACCAACUAGCUAUGUCCGAGAUGCUGGACGAAUCCCUUGCAAAGGUAGUACACACUUUUGCCGCGAACGACACAAGACUUGCUUUCGAAAAUGAGAAAAGGCGCCGAAUGUCAGAGCAUCCAACUAAUGCAAACCCAACAAGAGAACAAAAAAUAAUGAAAGUAGCACUAAACAAUCUUGUAAGCGCCUUCAACGACGUGAAAGCGAAAGAAAACAAUGAGGAAACAAAAUACAAAAACAAAGUAAUAGAUCAGAAGACAAUAAUGCAGGAACAAUUAUUACGGAAAGUUACAACAAAUAUUGCAAACAAACUAGUUGCGGAAGAACGCGUAAGACAAAUCAAAGAAGCAGAAGAAAAUAUUGAAGAUCCGUCGAGAAACGCAUUGCGGCAUUUAGUAACGAGAGUUCAAAGGCAAAUGUUGCUUCAAAAAUUCAAAGGUAAAUGGGUUAAUUUAGUGAAAAAACCUAAAGCUGUCGAGGAUGCUGAAAGGGUAAAUGAAACAGAACACGACAGAAAGCUAAGACUGCAGAGAGAAAGUCAAAGAAGAUCAUCGUGUAUGAUAAGGGGCGAUGAAGAUGAAUAAAAUGUUAUAUAAUGUUUAUAAAUAAGUCUUGCAAAAUAAAAUAUAUUACUUUUU